AUGGCGAAAGACUUACUCCCCCGAGACCUGAUUGAAGCAGCAUUAGAUCAGAUCGAUCUCUUGCGCGCGAUGUACCCUGCGGAAGAAGAGCUGAUGAUUGAAGACCACGUGGAUAAGAUAUUGUCCAACGUUCGACAUUGGUGCGAGGAUGAGUCCGCGAAAAGGCCGAUUGUACCCAGUAAACUCUCCCUUACCUUGAUCUUGCGGGUAGCGGAGGAAUCAGAGAAGCCUCAGAACAUCUCCCUCGGCAUUGAUGCACAGUUCACUGAAGAACCAGCGUUUAGAGUAAGGGUGCGUCAACCGGACUGGCUCACCAAGGCAGAGGCCUCUCAGCUGGCGGCGGGAAUGCCACAAGACGAUGUCCUGUCCGCCAUUGAACAUGUUCGAGAGCAAGCCAAUAUCCACCUGGAGUCUUCUGCGCGCUCAAUCGACUUGGAAAUCAACGAUACAGAUCAACCGCUAGUCCGAGUAUGGUUCUACUUCCCAUCUAUCAGCACAAGAGAAAAGCGAGACGAUAUCGUCAAGUAUGCGCCUGGCUACGGGUUGACUGGCUUCCUUCUUGCGGGAAAGCCGGGCAUACUGUGUCUUGAAGGAAAGCCUCGGGCCAUUGAUGAAUACAUGACUUUCAUCAAGACAGAGUCUUGGGGCGACAUUCCGCCCCAGCACAAGAAAGUCUCAGAGAGACACCGAGAGACCGGUGCUGAGAUGGAAAGAAUGUUUUCAGACAUGCGGGAGAUCACGAAUCAACUGGAGAAGCGGGGCGAGAGAUCCAAUCGAAGCGACAUGAAGGCCUUGGAAGCCUGGCUAGGCGAGAAGGGGUUGGGGGAGUCAUUCUCAAUAGUCCUCAUGUGA